GAUCUAGUGGUCCAGAUUGAAGUUUGCACGAUUUGCACGAAGGAGUUAGUUUGCACCUGAUAUGUCCCUGUAAAUAUACCAAAAUUAAGAUAUGUCCUGGACCCACACUACAAGUCCUAACGCUUAAAGACUUGAGAGCUGCGCUGGCCGCUCUAUAAAUACUAGGCAGUGGAGCACUGAGCAAGGAGCAAGAGCAACGCGAAGCAGCAUAGACACAAUCAUCUCCCUUCUCUUUCUCUUGUUUGAAGUUCAGAGGCCAUGUACCUGAACGCAAGAAUCGUAGGCUCUGGCGAGAGGACCCUGGUUCUCUCCCAUGGCUAUGGAGGGAGCCAGGCCAUCUGGGACAUGAUGCUACCACACCUGGCACGGAGGAACAAGGUGCUCCUCUUCGACUGGGACUUCUCAAGCGCCCCUGCCGACGCCGGCGAGGAGGGGGAGCAGAGCUGCUACACGUUCCCGAGGUUCGCCGACGAGCUGGUGGCGCUCAUGGAUGAGAUGAAGGUGAGCGGCGCGCUGUUCGUGGGGCACUCCAUGGCCGGCAUGGUCGGCUGCAUUGCGUCCGUCAAGCGCCCCGACCUCUUCGCCCAUCUCGUCCUCGUCGGCGCAUCCCCGAGGUAUCUGAACUCGGAGGACUACGAGGGCGGGUUCGAGCAGCCGGACAUCGAGGCGAUGCUGGGCAGCAUCGCGUCGGACUUCCGCGGCUGGGCGGAGGGCUUCGUGCCGCUGGCCGUGGGCAGCGCGGACCCGGCGGCGGUGGAGCCGCUGGCGCGGAGCUUCUUCGCCAUGGACCCGCGCGCGGCGCACGGGGUGGCGCGCAUGAUCUUCCAGAGCGACCAGCGCGCGGUGCUGGACGCCGUGGCCGCGCCGUGCACGCUGGUGCACGUCUCCCGCGACUUCGCCGCGCCGCCGUGCGUCGGCCGGUACAUGCAGGCCCGCAUGCUGGCGGCGGGGCGCUGCGCCGCCGCGGCCAUGGAGACCAUCGACUCGGUGGGCCACUUCCCGCAGCUCGUCGAGCCCGGCGAGCUGCUGGGGAUACUCGACCUCGUGCUCGGAGACGCCGACGCCGGCGGGGAGGAGACCGCCGCCGCUGCCGCGGCCCUGGCAGAGGAGAUGAUCGGCGAGGUGCCGGAGGUGCAGGGCGACAUCGACGUGGCGACGUAGACGCCGCGGCGGCCCAUGUGCCGCGGUGCCGCCACAGUGCGUACGUGCACGUUCGCUACGCUUGAUAUGCAUUUACAUAUAUGUACGCCGCUCCACCAUUCGCCUCGGGUUUUGUGUGUAUUUGGUCGCUUUCUUUAAUUUGUCCCCGUCGACAACUCGACAUGCGCUUGAAUCUGUGCAUUCAGCUUUGGUAAUUCUAAUUCGUAGAAACAACAACAA